UCUGCUCUAAAAAGGCGUGUCCACUCCCAGGAUAAUUAUGGCUUUUCAGUUCUCUCGCCUUAAUACCUCUACUAUGAGGACAGUUCUCCUUUGUUCUGGUGUUGCUGUGGUUGGUUUGGCUGCUUUUAGGUACUUCUAUGUCAUUGGGAGGUCGUGUACUAGCAAGAAACGUCUGGAUGGUAAGACGGCCAUUGUGACAGGAGGGAAUACAGGGAUUGGUAAAGAAACAGCCAUUGAUCUAGCAAAGAGAGGAGCUAGAGUCAUAGUUGCUUGCAGAGACGAGAAAAGAGGCAGUGAUGCUGUGCGGGAUAUCAAGGCAGCCAGCAAGAGCGAGGAAGUGAUGAUGAAAAAGCUUGAUUUGGCUUCCCUUGCUUCUGUACGUCAGUUCAGUGAAGAGAUACUUCAAGAAGAGAGUCACAUUGAUCUACUCAUCAAUAAUGCUGGGGUCAUGUUAUGCCCGUAUCGUCUCACAGAGGACGGGUUUGAAAUGCAGUUUGGUACCAACCACUUGGGACACUUCCUAUUAACUAAUCUAUUAUUAGAUUGUAUUAAAGAAUCAGCUCCAUCUCGUAUUGUAACUGUUUCCUCUGCUGCCCAUUAUCGUGGAUCUCUUAAUUUCGAUGACAUGAUGUGGGCCAAUGGUGGCUAUAGCACGGUAGACUCCUAUCACAGAAGCAAGCUUGCUAAUGUUAUGUUCAGCAGGGAACUGGCCAAGAGACUGGAAGGUACUGGUGUAUCUACUUAUUCACUACAUCCUGGUGUCAUCAAUACUGAGCUGACACGACACAUGGUUGCUGGUUGGAAAAUUAUAUUUGCUCCUUUGCUAUACACUCUGAUGUGGUUUCUCACAAAGACUCCAAAGCAAGGGGCUCAAACUACACUCCAUUGUGCAGUGUCAGAGGAAGCUGAAGGUAUUACAGGCAAGUACUGGUCUAAUUGUGCUGUCAAAAAGCCUAACAAGCUGGCUCUUAUUGAUGAAGAUUGCACAAAGCUUUGGGAGUAUAGCACUGAGCAAGUCAAACUGUGAUCUUUAAAGACAACUAGCAGAUUAUUUCUUUAGCUAUUUUUGUAGUUCUGAACGUAUAAAUUAUAAUUCAAUGGAGGAUAUGAAUAUUUGUUUGAUCUACUACUAAGCAAAGCUAGCAUUUUCAUAUUUCUAUGUAUUUCUGUGGAGCCCUUUUUCAUUGUAAUAAUCUGCUAAUCUGUA